AUGCCUUCUUUCCUUACAGGUAUUUGUCAACAUGAGGGAAUACAGAGCAUUAACGGACCGGUUAUUGUGAAACUGAACUGGAAAGGGACAGAUUUCAAAGUGGGGUCCUGGGGAAAGGAUUCUGCCUUGGGGACCAAAUUACAAGACCAUUACUGGGUUUUCCCAGCCAACAAAGACCACCGUACACUGGAGACAUUCCGCCUCUAUGCCUCCUACAAAAAAAUGAUGCUUUAUUUUCCCAUUAUGGAAUUUAAUCUUAGAGGAAAGAAAGAUGAAUGUGAGAACUGUGGGCAAGGGGGUGGGGUGAUCUUCUAUAAUGGUUCCUUCUUCUACAACUGUUAUGAUAGCAGAGCCCUGUGCAAAAUGGAUCCAAACACCAUGCGACUUUUGCGCAAGGAUUUAGAAGCUAAUGAUCCUACUUCCUUUAAUGACAUCUUCUCCUAUAAGGGUGUCAAAUAUCAGGACAUGGACAUGGCAGGGGAUGAAAAGGGCUUGUGGAUGAUUUACGGCUCUUCAAAGGACAAUGGAAAUGUGGUCAUUAGGAAGGUAGACCCUAACAACUUGAAAGCUGGAAGACUUUGGACUACAACACAGCCAAAGAAAGAAGCCACAAAUAGUUUCAUGAUCUGUGGAGUGUUGUAUGCCACCCGAAGAGUGAAUGCAACACACGAGGAGGUAUUUUACUACUAUGACACUAACACAGCCCAGGAAGGCAAUAUGCGAAUCUUCAUAGAGAAAUCUCUGCCUACUGUGCAGAGCUUGAAUUAUAAUCCCAACGAUGAGAACCUCUACAUGUUCAAUGAUGCCUACUUGGUGUACUACAAUGUCACAUUUAAGAAUCACAUGCCUGUAAUCAGCAGGGGAGGACAGGUUGCUGCUACUGCAGAAGGGCAGAAUUCUGCAAGAAUGGGGGAGCAAAAUGUGGUAAACAACCAAGUGCAGGCUGAUGCUAGCAAGCAAGAUCAGAUUACAGAUUUAGUUAGUGAAGGUGGCAGCAAUGCUAAUAAUAAGAUAGGGCAUAAGACAGGGCAUGCUGUUGUCCGCAGAUACACCAAGUGGGAGUGA